ACACAGUUGGUAUGGUCCAACGACCUCCGCUAGAGCAGCCUGAUAGCAGCUAGCAAAGCUAAACAACGGCAUCAUGGUGAACUUUGCAGCGAUGGUUCGUGAGCACUGGGUGAACGUCCUGGUCCCACUGGGCUUUGUCAUAGGUGUCUACCUCGACAGGUGGAACGAUCAGAAACUGACCACGUUCAGGAACAAAAGCGCGUUAUACAGCAGGGAACUGAAGCCUGGUGAGGAGUACACCUGGAAAUGAAACCAUCCUCCUUGUAUUUAUUGGACCUCCCGCUUGCUUUAAUUCGUCUUUGUCAUUCUCAAAACUGUAAAUGAGUUGUCAAACAUUUUUGGUGUAAAAUAUAAUGAUACAAAAAAAA